AUGUGCACUGGUGCUGAAUCUCGAGGAAUUGUAGAAGGUAACCCCGUGAACAAUUCCAAGGAUGGCCAUGAGAAUGGAAUGAGAAGCAGAGAAGGUGGUGAAGGAACAAGAAACUGUGGUUGUGGCAGAUUUCUUCAUGACCUUCGUCAACAAUUACAUAACCUAAAGGAACUUUUGCCUACACUUUCUCUCUCUGAGGUUCGUAAUAACUAUAUCUCUUCUUCUCUGUGUAUGUGUGGUCUUUGUUCUGCAAGUCCUUCUGCUGCCAUGAUUCCACUUCUUAAAGAGGUUUCAUAA